AUGGAGAGCGGCGGGGGGCGGGCGCGGCGCGGUGCGAGAGGCGCGGCCGGGCGGCGCGGCGGGCAGUCGGCGCGGUGGCGCAGGAUGAUGCGGCUGUGGCGCUCGGCGCUGCUGCGGGAGCUGCUGCUGCUCGGCCCGCCGGGGGCGGCCGGCGGCGGGGCCCCGGCCCCGGCUCCCGCCGCCGGGACCAGACGCCUCCAGCCGCCGCUCGCCGCUCUCGGCGCUAGCCCGCCCGCCGCCCGCCGCGGCCCGGCGGCGCUGCCGUCAGCGCGAGGUCUGUGCACCCGCUCGGAGGGAGCCUUGGAGGAGCCGGGGAAGGGGGCGCAGGCGCCGUCGCCGACUCCCGGCGAGCCCCCCUCCGACAGCGGCCACAACAAUAACCACGGCGGCGGCGGCAAGGAGGUGGCCGUAGGCGGCGGCGGGGAGAAUAAAAUGAAACAAGGUCUCCUUCCCAGCUUAGAAGAUCUGCUUUUCUAUACUAUUGCAGAAGGACAAGAAAAAAUACCAGUUCAUAAAUUCAUAACUGCACUCAAAUCUACAGGAUUACGUACAUCUGAUCCUCGACUGAAAGAGUGCAUGGAUAUGCUAAGACUGACUCUUCAGACUACUUCAGAUGGUGUUAUGCUGGACAAAGACCUUUUUAAAAAGUGUGUACAGAGUAAUAUUGUGUUGCUUACUCAAGCUUUCAGAAGGAAGUUCGUCAUUCCAGAUUUUAUGUCAUUUACUUCCCAUAUUGAUGAACUGUAUGAAAGUGCUAAAAAACAAUCUGGAGGAAAGGUUGCUGACUAUAUUCCACAGCUGGCCAAGUUCAGCCCCGAUUUGUGGGGGGUGUCACUUUGCACCGUGGAUGGACAGAGGCAUUCUGUGGGUGAUACCAAAGUUCCAUUUUGUCUCCAGUCCUGCGUAAAGCCUUUGAAAUACGCGAUUGCUGUCAAUGAUCUUGGCACGGAGUAUGUGCACAGAUAUGUUGGUAAAGAGCCUAGUGGAUUAAGAUUCAACAAAUUGUUCCUGAAUGAAGAUGACAGGCCUCAUAACCCUAUGGUGAAUGCUGGAGCAAUUGUGAUCACAUCUUUAAUCAAGCAAGGAGCAAAUAAUGCAGAAAAAUUUGACUACGUGAUGCAGUUCAUGAAUAAAAUGGCUGGUAAUGAGUAUGUUGGAUUCAGUAAUGCUACAUUCCAGUCUGAAAGAGAGAGCGGAGAUAGAAACUUUGCAAUUGGCUAUUACUUGAAAGAAAAAAAGUGCUUUCCUGAAGGCACGGAUAUGGUUGCUAUACUAGACUUCUAUUUUCAGCUUUGCUCAAUAGAAGUAACAUGUGAAUCAGCAAGUGUGAUGGCAGCAACUCUGGCUAAUGGUGGCUUUUGCCCAAUCACUGGUGAGAGAGUCCUGAGCCCCGAGGCAGUCCGGAAUACCUUGAGUUUGAUGCAUUCCUGUGGCAUGUAUGACUUUUCAGGGCAGUUUGCCUUCCAUGUUGGUCUUCCUGCAAAAUCUGGAGUUGCUGGUGGGAUUCUUCUGGUUGUUCCUAAUGUCAUGGGCUUGAUGUGCUGGUCACCUCCUUUGGACAAGAUGGGCAACAGUGUUAAAGGAAUUCACUUUUGUCAUGAUCUGGUUUCUCUGUGCAAUUUCCAUAACUACGAUAAUUUAAGACACUUUGCAAAAAAGCUUGAUCCUCGCAGAGAAGGUGGUGAUCAGCGGGUGAAGUCUGUGAUAAAUCUGCUGUUUGCUGCCUACACAGGGGACGUGUCUGCACUCCGGAGGUUUGCUCUGUCAGGAAUGGAUAUGGAGCAGAGAGACUAUGACUCACGGACAGCCCUGCAUGUGGCAGCUGCAGAAGGACACGUGGAUGUUGUUAAGUUUCUGCUGGAAGCGUGCAAAGUGAAUCCUUUCCCCAAAGACAGGUGGAAUAACACUCCUAUGGACGAAGCUUUACAUUUUGGACACCAUGAUGUUUUUAAAAUUCUUCAAGAAUAUCAGGUCCAAUACACGCCAUCAGAGGAUAACAACGAUGGAAAAGAGAACCGAACGGUUCAUAAAAAUCUGGAUGGCUUGCUAUAAUCAUCUUCAGCUAGAUCCUAAGAAUCAAAUCACUUACCUAUUUAAUUGUGGUAUGCAUAAGUAAUGAAGAGCGUGUG